GGGGCCCGGGGCCCCCACCCUCCUGGGUGGCGCCGCCGCGGGGCCGCACAGCGCGCACAGUGACAGCGCGGGCGCUCUGGGCGCCGGACACCAAGACCGAGGGACUCCGCGUGGUGCAGUGUGUCUGACGAGCGCACGCUGAGCCCACCUGCUGCCCGCCAACAUGGCCGAGAGACCUCCAGGGAAGGCGGGCCCAGACCGGACGACUGAUGCGGCACAAACCACCGCUCCGGUCACCGUCCCCGCGGCCACCACCACUACCACCACCUCCACAGUCGAGAGCCGGGGAGGCGACUUUGACCCGUUUGCUCUCAGAGACAUUAAACAUCCUACCAAUGAAGUCGACUCCCUCGUGCAUCUCAUGAAGGGCAGUAUGGGAUCGGGUAUUCUUGGCAUGCCAAAGGCGGUUCAGAACGGAGGCCUUUGGUUCUCCCUCGCCGUCACCCCAGUCGUAGGGUUCAUAUGCACGUACUGCGUCCACAUGCUGGUCGUUUCCGCACACGAGCUCUAUCACCGGGAGCGCGUGCCGCAGCUGGACUUCUCCGAGGUCGCAGAGCUGGGCUUCAAAACGGGGCCGAAAAGGACCCGAUUCCUGUCGAGAAUAGCCAAGCAUAGCGUCAACUGGCUCAUGUCCCUCAACCUCCUGGGGACAUGCUGCAUCUACCUCGUCUUCAUCGCGUCCAACAUGAAGCAGGUGAUGGAGCACCACGAGUACCCCGUGCAGGACCUGCGGGUGUACAUCGUGUGCACGCUGCCCUUCGUCCUGCUGUUCAUCGUGGUGCGCGACCUCAAGUACCUGUCGCCCUCGUCCAUGCUGGCCAACGCGCUCAUCAUGGUCGGCAUGAUCAUCUGCUUCUACUACAUGCUGCGCGACGUGCCCUCGCCCUCCGAGCGCAAAGCGGUCGGCCACUACUCGACCGUGCCGCUCUACUUCUCGACCGUCAUCUUCGCGUUGGAGGGCAUCGGCGUGGUUAUGCCUCUGGAGAACAACAUGAAGAACCCCAGACGGUUUCCGGGCUGCCCGGGAGUGCUGGGUUUCGGCUUCACCGUGACGACCGUACUGUACACCACGGUCGGCUUCUUCGGGUACCUCAAGUACGGCGAUGAGACGAGCGACGCCAUCACGCUCAACCUGCCCGUCGCCGAGGGGUUGGCCCAGUCGGUGAAGAUCAUGAUGUCCAUCGCCAUUUUCUUCACGUACUUCCUGCAGUUCUACGUGCCCUUCGAGAUCAUCAUGAAGGCCGUGGAGAGGCGGUACGGGGAGCAGAGUGUGCGCAACGAGACGCUGCUGCGGUUGUUCCUGGGGACGCUGACGGUGGUCAUCGCGGUGGCGGUGCCGACCCUGGAGGUGUUCAUGUCGCUGAUUGGCGCGCUGUGUCUCGCCUCUCUCGGCCUCAUCCUGCCCCCAGCCAUCGACAUGGUCGUGUUCUGGGACAAGGAGGGCGGCCGGGGGAGGGGCAACUGGAAGGUCUACAAGAACAUCGCCAUCAUCAGCUUCGGCGUGUGCGCCCUCAUUCUAGGAACGACGACCAGUCUCAUCAACCUCGUCAACUUCUAUGCCAACACAGACACACUACGCACAUAGUGGUUGGAAAAGAUUAGUGUUUUGAACAAUUUUUUUGAAAAGAAGAGUAAGUGUAAGUAAAAUUAAGAUAAAGAUAUGAUAUUUUUGAGAAAAUGUUUAUGUUUAUUUCUGCGUACUGAUGAUACACAAAAUUAUUGUAUGGCAGUGGUGAUAAUUAUAUUUAUCAAUAAAUAACACAAGUAACAGCCAAAUAGUA